AUGGGCUCCCGGUUGAUCAGCCAAGCUAAGCUGGACGAAGGUCACACACCCGCGCUUCUGACGUUUAAGAACUGGGCCUCUGGGGAGCCCACCAUCGACUCCCAGUGGAAGAGAAAAUACACCAAAUAUGCUGGUACGCGGAUUACUCUUACCGAACUCGACGCCGUUGUCCUGGAGUUCCUCUCCGAUCUCAUGGCUACCCUGGACGCGCCAAUUCUCAUCCAGCUCGAGAGGGGGAAGUUGGGGAAUCUGAGCCGAGCGGAAACCCAAGAACUGAAAGGGCGCGUGGGAAUGCGAUAG